GAACUUUGCAGAUCCUUGGCAGCACCUCGCGUGGCUGCUCUUUUUACUUUUCCGAGGCGGUACGGUACGGUAAGGCCGGGGCGCGCGCGAGGCGGAGCGGGAGCGCACACACUCACCAGAAUGUCCCGCCGGCUGCGCCUGUACUUCGGAUCCAGCCGGAGCAACACGGCUCCCGAGCUGCUGGAGGAUCCGGAGGAGGACGCCGACGCCCGCGCCGACAGGCCGGCAGCCAUGCGCUACCAGACGCAUCUGCGCAACUUUCCGGUCAAGGACGACGACGCCGUGUCGGACGCUUUCCUAAAACGGAGCUCGUCCAUGUUCAUCCCGCAGCUCCAGAGCCAACCCGAGCCCAGGCCCACCAAGAGCUCCUCCGUGCAGAUUUCCCUACAGCGCUCGGCUACGCCGCAGGGAGAUUCAGAACCGGAGGAACCUCCACCGGAAUACGUCCAGGAUCCGGCGCCGGCCUACACCGAACCAGAGUUCUGCCCGAGUUACGGUCGCUAUGCACCGUUAGCGGAUUCUGCCCAUCCCAAGCGGCGUGUUUUCUGCGUACGGCCGUACGAUCUGCACAACGGCGCCUCCUCAGGAUUCUCCAUCCGACAGUCCAGUCCUACAGAACCCCCGGGCGUCCGGCAGUUCCGGAUCAUCCCGUACGGCCCGGACGGUCAUAACGGCGCCCGCCGCUGGUCCGUCCAACCGUCCGGCCCACGCAGGCUGGUCCUCCAGCUCCAGCAGGACAGAGACCGCGACGCCAGCGAUCCCAAAGCGGCCCGCGCCCCGAGGUGUCCCCGGAUCCGCCUCGAGAGGAGCACGUCUCAGCCCCUGCUGACCAGACAGGUGCCCUCCCGUCCGGGAUCCAUGCCCAAUUUACACGCUCCCAUUUCCGAAACGGACGCCGAGGGCGAAGACGGAGCUCGACGUUGUACGUUCAGGAUCAGAAAAGAGCCGAACCCCGGGCAGCCCAGGUUCAAGAUCUAUUUCAGCCAAGGGGGCGAGCGCAGGGCCGACCCCGCGCUGGAUGGUAAUCCUGGCGAAGGAUUUACAUGGAACGGCCCAAAGGCCUCUUCCGGUCACGAUCGACUCAAGACCGGGCGUUUCCACCUGGGCCAGACGAGGGACGACUUCCUGGGGCAGGUGGACGUCCCUCUGAACCACUUGCCGACGGAGGACCCAGCGAUGGAGCGGCCGUACACCUUCAAGGACUUCCUCCUGAGACCCAGAAGUCACAAGUCGAGGGUGAAAGGUUACCUGAGGUUAAAGAUGGCUUACCUGCCCAAGAAUGGAGCUCCGGAGGAGGAAGCUGGUGAGAUCAGGGAGGAAGCCGAGGGGUGGGAGGUGGAAUCUGUGGAUCACGGCGGGUCUCAGCGCUCUCAGCAGCUUCUGCCGCCGUUACCGCCGGGCUGGGAGGAGAAGGUGGACAAUCUGGGCAGGACGUACUACGUCAAUCACAACAACCGGACCACGCAGUGGAAACGACCCAGCACGGUUGACGUGGCGUCGGACACCGAGAACGACAACCAGCUGCGUCAGAUCAACCAGGAGGCUCACCGCGUGUUCCGCUCCAGACGGCACAUCAGUGAGGACCUGGAGAACGAGCACCUGGACCCCAGAGAGCUGGACGAUUCCCUCCCUUUGCAGUCCUGGGACCCAAUCACCGAAGAGGAUUUCUCCGGGAUGAGCGAGGCCAUGUCCGGCCCCACCCCCUUGGCCACACCCGUUCAUCAGUUCAGCGCUCCGGAGUUUUCGGAGGAGAUCAGCAUGAGGCUCUCACUCACGCCCAGCAGCAACGGAGAAACGCCCGGAACCAGCAGCGGUGGGUCCCUCCUCUCGUCCAGACUGCGCUCCUCCAGUAUGACGGACGGUGUGAGCGAUCAGGCUCAGACUCCCUCUCCAAUGUCUCUACCCUCAGGCUGGGAGGAGAGAAAGGACAGUAAAGGCAGAACGUAUUACGUCAAUCACAACAAUCGCAGCACCACAUGGACUCGUCCGAUUCUCCAGCUCACUGAGGACGGAAUAAGUUCCUCUGCAGGAGCCGUAGGGGGCGCCCCGCCCACCACGCCGUCGUCAUCCAGCGGACACCUUAGCGAACCCCAAAUGAGACGACCUCGUAGCCUUAGCUCCCCCACCGUCACCCUCUCUACUCCUCCAGAGGGAGCCAAUAGCGUGCCGCUUCCUCGGGUGGUGAAGGACACCCUGUCGAACCCUCAGUCGCCCCAGCCGUCACCCUACAGCUCCCCCAAAUCUCAACACAAGGCGGCUCAGAGCUUCCUGCCGCCGGGGUGGGAGAUGAGGAUCUCCCCCAACGGACGGCCGUUCUUCAUCGACCAUAACAGCAAGAUGACGACCUGGGAGGAUCCUCGUUUGAAGUACCCGGUUCACCUGAGGACUAAAGCAGCGCUGGACCCUGGAGACCUCGGCCCACUGCCUCCGGGAUGGGAGGAGCGAGUCCAUGCAGACGGAAGAACGUUCUACAUCGACCACAACACCAAAAACACACAGUGGGAAGAUCCUCGCCUCCAGAGUCCCGCCAUCACAGGACCGGCUGUGCCGUACUCACGAGAGUUCAAACAGAAGUACGAUUACUUCAGGAAGAAGUUAAAGAAGCCGGCGGACAUCCCGAACCGCUUCGAGAUGAAGCUCCACAGGAGCAGUAUCUUUGAGGAGUCGUACCGGAGGAUCAUGUCCCUCAAGAGACCCGACGUGCUCAAGUCGCGCCUCUGGAUCGAGUUCGAGUCGGAGAAGGGGCUGGACUACGGCGGCGUGGCCAGGGAGUGGUUCUUCCUCAUCUCCAAGGAGAUGUUCAACCCUUAUUAUGGUCUGUUCGAGUACUCGGCCACGGAUAACUACACACUCCAGAUCAACUCGAACUCGGGCCUGUGUAACGAGGAUCACCUCUCCUACUUCAAGUUCAUCGGGCGGGUAGCGGGCAUGGCCGUGUAUCACGGCAAGCUGCUGGACGGUUUCUUCAUCCGACCUUUUUAUAAGAUGAUGCUGGGAAAACCCAUCACGCUGAACGACAUGGAGUCUGUGGACAGCGAAUACUACAACUCUUUGAAGUGGAUCCUGGAGAACGACCCCACCGAGCUGGAUCUGCGGUUCUGUAUCGACGAGGACAAUUUCGGCCAGACGUACCAGGUGGAUCUGAAGCCCAGCGGCUCAGACAUGGUCGUCACCAACGAGAACAAGAAGGAAUAUAUCGACCUGGUGAUCCAGUGGAGGUUUGUGAACAGGGUGCAGAAACAGAUGAACGCGUUCUUAGAGGGAUUCACAGAGCUCAUCCAGAUCGACCUAAUCAAGAUCUUCGAUGAGAACGAGUUGGAGUUGCUGAUGUGCGGUUUGGGCGACGUUGAUGUCAACGACUGGAGGCAACACACCGUCUACAAAAACAGCUACUGCCCCAAUCACCCCGUCAUCCAGUGGUUCUGGAAGGCUGUGUUGUUGAUGGAUGCUGAGAAAAGGAUUCGGCUGCUGCAGUUCGUCACAGGAACAUCCAGAGUUCCCAUGAACGGUUUUGCCGAGCUCUACGGUUCGAACGGGCCGCAGUUGUUUACCAUCGAGCAGUGGGGGACACCGGACAAACUCCCCCGCGCUCACACAUGUUUUAACAGGUUGGACCUCCCGGCGUACGAGUCCUUCGAGGAUCUGAGGGAGAAGCUGCUCAUGGCUGUGGAGAACGCGCAGGGCUUCGAGGGCGUCGACUAAACCCCCUCCGACCGGCACGAUAAAGACUUUCACACAUUAAAGUGUGCGGUGUUUGAAGCUGAGCGCCGGAGCACUUGGACGGUCCCGGUGCGAGUGUGUGGACCCGACCGGUUCUGUCCCGGAGACUGAAUAAAGACUUACAGUAACAGACCGGCGCUGAGGAGUCCCGUCGUCCUCGGUGUCUCCGAUCGUCUCUUCUGUCUGGUGCUUCUACGCCCCCCUCCUAAAUCUUCCUGCUCGUUCUGUCUUUCUCUCUUUCCGGUCGUUCUGUUCGCUUCCGAGUGCAGGAACGACUUUAAUCCGUCGUAUCAGGUCACACCGGGUCACCUUAGAUAACGGACUCGAACACACGCGGGAUUUUUACACCCAAUAAAAACAGCUGGACGUUAUUAUGAACCUUUUAGAUUUUGAUUACAGUCACGCAAUGUGUUUGUUUCUCCAUUUAUAUAAACAUUAAGCUAAAACACACGUCUUUAAACUCAGUCCUUAUGAACACAUGGACACUAGAUGGACAAAAGUAUUGGGACACCCGGCGUUUUCUGUUCCAGCACGACUGCAAAUCCUGUUCAGUACAAACGGGAUUAAUCUGUCGUGUCUGAUUGUUAUCAUUAAUUUUUCCAGUACAGUUUGUUUGUGCUUGAUAGUUCUCGUGUGUUCAUAUUUAUAUGGACGGAGUUUAAAGACACGUUUGUAAAUGUGAAGAGGAGAUUUGCACUGGACGUCGAUUAAAUCCACUAACGGGAAAUUUAAGAUUCUGCCUUCUGGGACUGUGAUAUGAUUUAAAAAAUGUUAAAUGUCACCACACACACACACACACACACACACACACACACACACACACACACACACACACACACACACACUGCAGCACUGCUCGUCUUAUAUUCUUAUAUUCCCUCUUUUCUUUACAUUGACAUGUUCAGCAUUUAGCGGACGCUUUUUAUCCGAAGCGACUUAAAGUACUGUGACUGUACACAGUCUGAGCGACUAAGGGCCCAACAGCAGCAACCUGGCAGUGGUGGGGCUUAAACCAGCAACAUUCAACAGUCUUUAUUUCUACUUCUUGUAUUAAUUCAUUCGUCUGGAUUUUCCCCACUGUAUAUCCUCAUUUAAUCAUAGCUGAUUCCCAAUUGUGAAUCCGCUGCUGCUUGAGCAACCCCCCAAUCUGAUUAAACAUGCGCCCGAUCUGCCGCCACUUAUAAUCACCUGCCAGCGUUAGGUUCCCACACGAGAGCCGUACUGCGUAUCUCUACACAGGGCCCCGAACCAGUGCCGGAGAUCCGGAAGAGAUGUUGUCUGACCUUCCCUUAGUUCAAACACAGCCGGGUGUGUCUGUGCGGACGCCUGGCCAGGUCGGCAGCUCUGCUGAGAUUCAAACUUCUGCACUCAUUUCUCCCCCAACCUUUUAUUCCUGGAAGCUUUUCUCAUUUUCUCUUUAGUUAUUUGUGUUAUUAUUUCUUCCUGUUGCUUCAACGUCACGAUUCUGUUUUAUUAUCUCCAUGUUCUUCCGCUCGCUGCUGAUUUUAUCAUUUCAAUGGUUUACAGAUCUGCAGAAUUGAAUCUGUGAGCCGGCAUCGAUCUGAUCCGGUUUUAUACCAGUAUGAUUAGUAAUUUUAGCUGGCAUGAACGUGGACGCUGUGUUUUUAUAUAAUUACGUAGUAAUUACUAACAGACGCUGAACCAGGGUGUAAAAAAGCUCGUUUUCUUUUAUCCUGUGAUCAGAAUUCUCAUUAUUAUGCUGUAAAUGUGUUUAUUAUUAUAGUUUUUAUUUUGGAAGGGUUUGGGGAGUUAAGAAGCGUUUAUUUCAGAUGAAUUCACUGUACGUAUUCAAACGUUGUAAGUAUUACGAGCGUGGAUGAAGAUGUGAACGUUCAGACGUCCCUGUGCUCCUUUUCUCGGCUCUUUUUUUAUCCGUUUGAUGUUUCCGAUCUUUCACAGCAGCUCUGAAGCCGUAAGAACUUUAUCAGACGCUCAGGAGCCGAACGUGAACGUGAUUCGAACCCGAGCGAUGGAGCCGUUCACCCCUCCGACACUUUCUGACUCGUUUCUUUUUUCUUCCUGCUGUGAUCAUAUUUAUUUGGAGCAGAAAUGCUGAGGUAGGAAGGAAAGCAGUGUUGGUGGUGCGCAGCUCCAUCGACCCAGAUCCAAUCCGGUACAGGAGUUUGUGUGUGUGUGCGCACUAUGAACAUGAGCUGCGUUCCGAUCCGAAAGCAUGAGCUCUGAUUUAGAGCUGCUUCUCUUUAAACGGGCAGGAAUUCCCACAGAUACACUCCAAAAUCUUGCGGAAAGGCUUAUACAGUCAAGCCUGGCUUGCACUUGCUGUUCCAAUUCAUCCCAAAGUCAUUUUAAAGGGUGAGUUUAGGGUGAGACCACUAAACUGGUCAAAUCAUAUCUUAACUGACCUGAGGACGGGAAUAGAAACGGGUCUUCCCUAAACUGUUGAUUGAUUUAUUAUUAAAACUCUUAGUGAUGCAUCUGAACCAUCCCUAAAACUUCUGGUCACAUAGUGUAGGUGGAAUCUAGGGAAUCAGGUUCAUGCAGGCCAGUAGGUGGAUUUGCAGCUCUGCGUAGCUCUGUAGUGUGAACACUGUAAAAUGCAGUCCGGCCCUGCACCCAGGGUUCCAGAUAUAGGCUUCAGUCCCACCGUGACCCUGACCUGAAUGAAGCACUGAGUGAAUGAACGUCCUACCGCUCGGACUAGAUGAAGAUCAGGACUAAACGCUUCAUUUCUGCUCUCCUGCUCUCUCUGUGCCACUCAGUGCAGAACAACCGCUGUCCAAUCUUUUUCUGAUCUCACUGUUAUUAUUUCUUUUCUUCUCUCUUUUAUAAGAAUGUCGUUGUUUUUUAUUAUUCAUGGAAAAUGUUGCACUUGAGAUUCUUUAUUAUCGAUCGACAUUAAACUGAUCAGUGAAA